AGCUGGCCAUACCUGAGACAAAAUGGCGAUGUUUGUCAAUGUUUGUGAUUGUACCAAGAGAAAAAACAUUGCCCGCUUUCGUAUCGAAGUGAAUCAGUAUGGUAAUUAUGUUGAUAAAUUGAUUUCUGACAUCGCAGAUCAUUUGAAGGCAGACAUAAAUGAACUAGACGUAAUUUACUGUGGUCAAAAACUUCAGGAAGAAGCUGCUCCAAAGCUUUCAACCUGUUCUACGGUGUAUGUGUUCCGAAAACCAGUUGAUGAGCUCGGGGCUUCAGGUACUGAUGUUUCUGAAGCGUCUAAAUGUGUUUCAUCGUUGCAAACAGCACUGCUUAGCGCGAAUUACAGGAAAACUGUAGACAAUCUGGUAAAUUCCCAACAGCUGCUUCAGCAGAUGAUGAGAAAGGUACCUGGACUUGCAAACGAUCCUGUAACUCUGUCCAUGCUUCAAGAUCCUGAAUUAUUGACAAUUUUAAUAAGUCGGCAGAACAUUCAAAAAGUCUUGAAGGAACAUCCUACAUUUGGUCAAGCAGCUGACUAUAUCGCGCGUUUAGUCAACGAAGAAACCAACGAGCAAGUAAGCAACAGAGCUGGAAGAAGUGCAACUUAUUCACUAGAUCGAAUGUCUGACGAUGAAGAAGAAGGUAAUCAAGGAAGAAGCGCGAAUGGUGGGCCUCAACAGCUCAUACAACAUCUCAGCUUGCAGCGGCAUUGGCAACAGCAACAGCAACAGCAUCAGCUCGACCCCCAGCAUCAGGCAGUUCACCUUUGCAACCCAGCACCUCUAGAACAGCUAUGGGCAAUAAUACCAAGUGUAAUCUCAUCCGACUUUUUUCAGCAGGCCAUGAUGCAAGUCCAAAAUGCUGCUUUGGAUGCGCAAGUGCAGCAACUUAGAGAUAUGGGUUUUCAGGAUGAAAAUCUUGCUCGACAGGUUCUAGCUGCAACAAAUGGUGACAUUCAGGCUGCGUUAGAUUUAAUUUUCGCCCAGUUUGGUGAUGGCAGCAACUAAUAGUGAGCAGUACAUGUAAGAUGUUGUUUUGCAAAAACUUAAAACAGGAGGAGUGGCAAAUAGCUUGUUACUAAAAAAAAAUGACUGUGAUUUGAGUUUUUUUCACUUAAUCCACCCCAAAAUGAAUACGUUUUUAAUGCUUAUGAAUGUAUUUGAAAUUGUCCAGUCAAAAGUUUUAAGGAGGCAAAAAAAAAGGGGGUUUCUAUUUCAAAAAGAGGGUUCGGACAGUGCACCCACGUUUUUGGAGAUGGAAUGAGAGAACAAAUAUUACUACAGAUCUGUAGUAGUAGUAGUACUUUCUGUUUAGACAUGUCAUUGCACAUCCACAAUGUGCUGUUUGCUUAUGUUCUUGAUUUGGUAUAGUAUUGUUUACUUUUUCAAAAAAAGCAUGUGAUUUUUAAUGUAUUGUAAACUGGAGUUUUAUCCUUGUGAUGAGUAUGAUGUCAUACAGCCAUCAUUUGAUUUUUUUGUAGUUCAAAGUUUAGACAUUUGUCAGCUGUUUUAAAGUUAAGUCAUCUGUAUGUUGUAUCUCAUGCUGUUCAAGAGUAUUUCUGAUGUCUAGGAAAAUAAUGAGCCUUAUGUUGAUUAGUUGAUUUUUGGUAGCACUUAUCAUCUAAGGGCAGGUGCCAUAAAUUGAAAAUAUCCAAACUUUCAGUCUGCUCCUUCAUUUGUGAUCAUACAAAUCAGUACACAUAUAAACUUAACAUACAGAUGUCAUAAAUAUAUUUUUUAACAGCUUUUAUUACAUUCAAGAAAACAACAUGGAUUUAAGAAAAUUGAUGAAAUCAGCAGCUGUUGGCUUGAAUAAUUAGUUAAUUGCUUAUGUAUUAACAUUUUCCAGACAUUUUUUUAAAUUUGACAUAAUUCGUUUGUGCAGACAGUAAAAAAAAAAAAAGGUUUCCAUGCACAUACACACAUACCUUGCACACAUUUAGUGAAAUUGAAGGAAUACAGGCCGAGAAUUUUGAAAUUUGUGAUGCUAAUUUUGAGCAUUUAGAGUUACUGUGAUGUUUAUUAGUGAUGAUCAUAAACUUUACUUUCAGUAUAUUGCAGAAUAGCUAUAAAUAGAAAUAUAGAUGAAUUGCAACAACUACAGCAGUCCUCGACUUAGGACAUUCCGUUCCUAUGUUGCAUGGUAAACGGAAUUUCGCUGUAAGUCGGAACAUUCAUACACACUGUACGUAAAUAACAUCCUGUAAGCGCUUAUCCCAUCCUAACACAGUAAUUAUCAAAAAACACAUAUAAAAUACGUCUAAUAAUAACACCAAACACGAAGUUCGCGUUACGACGUUUACGACACAAAACCACUUAAGUGAAAACAAGGCUUUAUACAGUAAAUGGGAGAUGUGUCAUAACCACGAAACAUAACCCGAGGACUGCCUGUAUUUGUAUUGAGGGAAGGGGAGAAAUAAUAGUCUUUAAAUGGAUAUGUUGUAACUCAGAUUAUUCUGUAUAGACUACUGUGACAUUGUAUAUCUCAAUUGCUUUCUACAUGCUUUUUUUUUUUUGAAAUUGCUUGAUUUUUGCUGAUAAAGUCAACAAACUAA